AUGAAUAAACAAUCAAGCUAUGAAAAUUAUGGAUAUAAGGAAUCUGCUUUAAACUUAGAAAUUACAGUUAUUGUUAAAUUAAAUUCAUUUUACAAUGUAGAUAUCUAUUGUCUGAGCUAUGACUCGACUGGUAUAUACUCCUACUUAAGUUAUCCUUUAACUCGAGAUAUGAUAGCUACUACAGAUAAUAAUUCUAAAGCAAUGAUUUUAAAACUAUAUUUUGAUAGUGAACCAACUGCAAAACAAAGUUAAAGCAUUGUCUGUUAAGCUUAGUACAAAUAUCCUUCAUAAACUACCAGAAUUAUCAUAGGAGAUUGGUCAGUAUGUUCAGAUGCUACAAACACUAACAAUAAUAAUGUAACAACCGAUCAAAAUACUUCUACACAAGUUGCUAUAGAAAAAUCAUAUUCUAAAAUUAAACCCUACCCAUUAUUUUUAUACUUUCUAACUGAUUACACCAAUUUAGUUGACAUAUUACCUGAUGAAUUGACUUUGCUUGGAGAAUAAGAACUCACAACUAUCUUUUUAUAAAGCAGCAGUCUAUCCUUAUCUUCAACUUUGUAGCCUAAACUAGUAGAUACAAGUAAGAUCCUAAUUGUUCCUGAAUUGUCUAUAACUCUUAGCUUUGCUCAAUCAACACUUAAUGCUGAUAUUUCAAUUACUAAUGUGGAUGGGAUCAUUGCAAUUGGAGUCACAGAAUUAGGGGUGUCAAUUGAUGUCUCAGAAUUCUUUGUUUAAGCAUCUUCCAAAUUAGUAAUCAGUGAUCUCACAAGCAUUUAAUAGAAUAUAGUUGUUAAUUAUAGAAUAUCCAAUUUAAAUAUUGGGAAAGAUUAUUUCGUUAAUGUUGUUGGAUUUUUGUACCCUCAAGCAGAAAGUCCAAAUAGUGGAAUCAUCAGAAAGCCAAUAUUGGCUUCAAGAAUAAAGACUUUAGAUUCUUCAAUUUUAAUGCUGAUAUUUAUAUUUUUUAUAUCAUUAAUAUGA